GCUGGCUAUCGGUAGCAAGCUAGUGUAGCAGUGUGAUGUUGUACCCCUAGAUUAUGCACCAAGUUGCACACAAGGACCAAUUCAAAUAGGCCAGGUCAAGAGGGGAUGUUAAUAAUUUGAUAAUAAUAAUAAUAAUUCAGUUUUUUAUUUAAUUUAAUUACAGCUGCAUAGCUAAUGUUUUUAUUUGGUGUACAAACACUUUUUCAUAUCAAUAUUGUACAUACAUGUGAUUGUAAAAGUUUUGUAUAUUUUGGUUUGGCCCAUCGCGGGUUAUCUGUAUUUCCAUACCACUUAAGUGUUCUCUUUUGCCUGACCUUCGGCUAGCAAGGUAUGUUGUCUUUGGCUCCGAAAUUGUUUAAUAUAAAACCGUCAUAAUGUUACACAAUGUACUGUUUUGCAACCAUAAGUUUGUUACAAUGUGGAUAAUAUAAAGAUUUAUGUUACCCUAGUUAGCGAGCUUUGUGAAACUUGUUAUCUAUUGUAACUUGUGAGUACUUGGGACGUGUUUGAGUGAGUGUCCAUGUGAUCGCGCAGGUGCCUGAGAGCUGUAACUGCGCCAAGGGUUAACAUAAUGUGUGUUGUCUCUUCGUGUGCAGCUAGCAGACCCAAGCAUUUGCUGGUGUACAUCAACCCUUAUGGGGGCAAGCAGCAAGUGCAUUUAUGAGCAGAAAGUCUCGCCUCUCUUCGCCUGUGCCUCCAUCUCCACGGACGUGAUUGUUACAGAGCAUGCCAAUCAUGCCAGGGACCACCUGAAGACAGAGGCGGAGUUAAAGAAAUAUGAUGGAGUGGUGUGUGUAGGCGGGGACGGCAUGUUCAGCGAGAUAGUUCAGGGCCUGGUCUCGAACACAGAGGGAUAACGGAGUGGACCAGAACAGCCCGGAGGAGAAGCUGGUACCCUGUAGUGUCCGCAUCGUCAUUAUAUCCGCAGGAGACUUCCAGCCAAUGGACGUGUGCUCGGUCCAUCACAACACAUUCUUGAGGUAUUCCGUCUCCCUGCUUGGAUCUGUGGAGGAUCACUCAUACUAGACUCCUGUCUUCACAGGAGACUUCCAGCCAAUGGACGUGUGCUCGGUCCAUCACAACACAUUCUUGAGGUAUUCCGUCUCCCUGCUUGGAUACGGUUUCUCUGGUGACGUGCUGGCAGACAGCAAGAGGAAACGCUGGAUGGGACCAGCCAGAUAUGACUUUUCAGGUUUUAAGACGUGCCUGACACAUCACCACUAUGAAGGGGCUGUGUCUUUUCUACCAGCAACUGACAUACCCGGAAAUCCGCGAGACAAGACCAGGUGUAGAGCUGGGGUAGUGUGUGUGGGCGGGGACAGCAUGUUCAGCGAGAUAGUUCACGGCCUGGUCUCUCGAACACACAGGGAUAACGGAGUGGACCAGAACAGCCCGGAGGAGAAGCUGGUACCCUGUAGUCUCCACAUCGACAUUAUACCCGCAGGUUCAACGGACUGCAUCUGCUAUGCCACUGUCGGCAUCAAUGACCCUGUGACCUCAGCUUUACAUGUCAUAGUGGGAGACUCCCAGCCAAUGGACGUGUGCUCGGUCCAUCACAACAACACAUUCUUGAGGUAUUCCGUCUCCCUGCUUGGAUACGGUUUCUACGGCGACGUGCUGGCAGACAGCGAGAGGAAACGCUGGAUGGGACCAGCCAGAUAUGACUUUUCAGGUUUUAAGACGUUCCUGACACAUCACCACUAUGAAGGGGCUGUGUCUUUUCUACCAGCAACUGACACACUGGGAACACCGCAAGACAAGACCAGGUGUAGAGCUGGGUGCUUCAUAUGCCAGCGCAACGGGCAGCUGUAUUCAGGGGAUUCCCCAGAGGAAUCCAAGACGGCUCCAGAUGUCUCAGACAGAGAAUAUGAAGUGGGGUGGGGGGUGGUCAGAGGGAAGUUCCUGGCCGUCAACGCAGCCAGUAUGAGCUGUGCCUGUCCCCGUAGCCCCAAGGGCCUGUCCCCCGCCGCCCAGGUCGCUGACGGCACCACCGACCUCAUCCUCGUUCGCAAGUGCUCCCGAUUCAACUUCCUUCGCCUCCUGCUACGCCACACCAGCAAAGACGACCAGUUUGACAUGACCUUUGUAGAGGUGCACCGUGUGCGGCGCUUCCGCUUCACGCCGCGCCACUGCCAAAACGACUCGGAGCUGGACCUGAGGGAGAACGGCAAGCAGCUCUUCAGCCAGAUCUGCCGGGACCACCCGGCCUGCAGCUGCAGCCCUGCCUAUAGCAGCUGGAACUGUGACGGCGAGAUCCUCCCCCACGCUGCCAUUGAAGUCGGAGUUCACUGCCAGUUGAUCAAGCUGUUUGCGCGAGGGAUCGAAGAGCAGCCUUUGUUUGAGGACCUCGUGUGCACUCUAGGUCCCCUCGUCCCUCCGCUGCCCUACCCUAUCAGUCACUGGAACAGUCCUACAAAAUUUCAAAGGCUGCCACUGCUGUCACUUACCUUAGCCCUGUGCACUACCUUUCUCUAAUGAGGUCACAAGUUCACAGGUCAAAGAGUGCUGGUACAUUUACAGAGGUUCAUUAUCCACUAUAGCGAAGAACAAAUCAUGAAAAUCUUAAAUGAAUGUACCCCCUUCCUGCUAUCCUUUUGCAAUAAAGAGAUGUUAACCAACACAUAACGUGCUGUUCAACAUUUGUGGAACUUCCGUUUGCGCGUGUUGGAAUGUACGCUGCUCCAAAUUAUGAAGAAUUGGUACAAAGCUUUGUUUAUUUAUAAACAUAAACCCAAUAUUAAAGGAUGUUUGAAUGAUUCUAGCUGCUUGCCUUGUUGGAUGUUAUUUCCCUGCACCUAAAAAGCAUGAAUUUGAAAACAUUUGUGUGGAUGAUAGGAUAUUGGAUGAACCAGAGCACUCUCUAUGGGUACCAGAUGCCAGCUCGCCUGUCACCUUAAUGUGGUCAUUUAAUAUGUCCUAUAUAGCUACAGUAUACCACCAGACGGGCUAGAGUCACACUGAAAACUCAAUGUAUUGUAGCGUAUCAACAGUUUAUGCCCUGAAACAUGUGACUUGGUAGCAUUAAAAUAGACGCAGCAGGCUAUUUCUGCCAUUGCUGCGAUGUCAUUCCAUGUUAAUUUGCUGUUGUGUCUGAGCUGUGGUGUUUGAGGUUGCUGUUAGAAAAGUGUUGCGUAUUUGUUGCACUUGCAGUGCUUGGUGUCCUGCGUAUCAUAUUGCCUUCUGCACACACUGUUCCGUGUGUCUUUUCCCCGCACUGUCGAGCUGGCCUUGCUGGUG